UGUGCUGUUUCAGCUGCUUGGAAUUAGAUUUGAGAGUUUCCAAAAAUUAUGAAUUUCGCAGACAAGGUUGCGUUGGUCACUGGCGGGUCCCAAGGUAUCGGAAGGGCAUUGGUUUCUGCUUUAUUGAGUUGUGGAAUGAAAGUGAACAUCUGUGAUGUUGACGGAAAAGCCGCAAAAGAGUUCAUUGAAACCCUUCCAUCAACUCUCAGAGAAUAUGUCACUUUCCAGCAAUGCGAUGUCACUUCUUUCGAAGAUUUUAAAGAUGCCUUCGACAAAGUGAUUUCCUCCUGUGGCCGAGUCGAUUUAGUGGUAAACAAUGCCGGAUUACACGAUGAAAUCAACUGGAGAAAAGUGAUUGAUGUCAAUAUUGUAGGAGUAAUAAAUGGAACCAAGCUUGGAUUCGAAUACAUGGACGUUCGAAAAGGUGCCUAUGGUGGCGAUAUUGUUAACAUGGCAUCCGUAGCAGGUUUAUCCGGAAAUGCACUGCACCCGGUUUACUCUGCUACGAAGCAUGCGGUUGUCGGAUUUACGAAAUCCUAUGGGAGCGCUUACCACUUGGAGCGGACAGGCGUCCGAGUGAACGCCAUCUGCCCUACAUUGGCGAAUACGAACCUCCAGAAGAACAUUUACUCUUCUUCCCUCGAUGAAGGCGAAUGUUCAAGACAGUUGGCGAAUAUAAACAUUCUCGAACCUGAAGAUGUGGCCAAGGCGUUGGCGCAACUCCUGCAAGAUGGUAAAAAUGGAGCACUACUAAGAGUGGAUCCAAAUGGUACGAGCUACGUUUAGAAUAUCCUGAGUCGAUUGAGAAAGAUGUCAAAGAUGACCAUUUUACAAAAUUUGGUUCCUCUCUAUAAGAUG